ACCCUUGCAGCGUUUGCAUCGCCAAGCUGCGAGUUGCACUGUUGCAAGACCCACACAAAUCACUACUGGCCCCAGUCCGCAUCAAGGGCCUCCGUAGAACUUGACUGUUUGGAUCAGCUCCGAACCCAGCAGUGGGGGCAUUCAUGAUCGGGACUCGUUCUGCAGCCAUGGUUAACUCGGACAAAGACAAACCACGAACAGUCCUGCUCUUGGUCGGUUUGAUAGGGUCAGGGAAGUCGACCUUCGCCCAGGCGUUAGAACAACACAUCCCGCAUUAUAGACGGUGCAACCAGGAUGACCUCGGCAGCAGACCGCGCGUGGAGGCCCUCGCGCGACAGAGUUUAGGUGAGGGUCUGUCGGUAUGUAUCGACCGGUCGAACUUCGAUGCCCGGCAGCGGGCAACGUGGAUAAACAUCGCGCGCGAGUUCCCGGGGACGGACGCAUGGGUCCUCGUCUUCGACACACCAUACGAGGUAUGCGCACAACGCCUGCAACAACGCACAGACCACCCCACAAUCAAAACCCCCACCGAUGCCCUCGUCAUCCUCUCCCGCUUCCACUCCCAAUACCAAGCCCCGUCUUCUUACGAAGGCUACGCCCGCCUCCUCAGCCUCCCGCCUGCCGAGCAGCGCGCCGAGUACACGCGCGAGGAUGUCCAGGACAUCCUCGACCGCUUGCGUGACGCGACGCCCCCGCCGGAGCCGCAAACCCGGAUUGAUGCAUUCUUCUCUGAUGCGGGGAGGGGGUACAGCGGGCAGAGGGGGUGGCGGGGGAGUGGUGGGCGUGGGUUCA